AUGGCUCUUCUACCGACCCGCGAAAUCUGUGAGAGGCUGUGCGGCUUUUUCAUGUCAACUGUCUUCCCUCUGACGCCAAUCUUCCACAUGAAGAGUUUUGGAGAGGACUUCCGAACAUUCUGGGACGGCAUUCCACCUGCGAAUGUGCAUAAUGCUGAGCCGAGCGUGUUCAUGCGCAAGAAGCCGGGCUUUCUAUCUCUCUUGUCUGCCAUUCUGUUUGCGGCAGUCUUCUCGGCCCCGCCAGCUCGUCUUGAGCGUCUCUUCGGCGAGCCCAUCAAUCUCAAUCCUGGAGACAUGUACUUCCUUGCCAUGGCCUCAGCAAGCCUGACUGGGUUUCCUCGACGGCCGAGCAUCUAUUCUCUGGCAGCUUACAUCAUUGCGCAGAGCCAAUUCGUAAGAGAAGAAGAGUUCUCGGACGCACCCGACUUUAUUGCUACCUCGUUCCGGGUGGCACUUGGUAUGGGCUUGCACCGCCAGCUCCCAGAACCGGGGCCGUCUCCGGCCGAGCUGGAGACCAGACGCAGGCUUUGGUGGUAUAUUCUCCACCUGGAUGUUAUGUCUUCAUCUUCGUCUGGGCUUUCACCUCUCUUCAUCAAUCAGAAAAUGGCAAAUACCGAUGCGAUAUGUCAAUACGACGUCGACAAUGACAAUCCGGGUGCUCGUCAAGACGUUGACGUUCGUUACCUGGUGGCAUCUCGCCGCUACGAGAUCACCAGGGAGAUCCGAAGGGUUCUUGUGCUCCAUUUCGAGGACGCCUUUCAAUCGCUGGACGUGGUCGCAGAUUGUGCCGGUCGCCUUCGAAUGAUAGCUGACCGCACUAGUGCAGCUGUAGACACGUUGCUUAAGGCCAGGGCCGCUGCUGAGGCAAAAGUCGCGAGAUCCACUCCUCGCCCUGUUGAGCAGGGGCCUCCUGUGAUGCUGGCCUUUGACCGGGUGUGGACACUGCGACCAGACCCGAGCGACAAAGACGUCGUGGACUUUACCGCUUGGUCGGCGCUUCUCUUGCACCUGAUGGUCCACAAGGCGUAUUGCGUCCUCUACCACCCGCUGUUUCGAGAUCCCGUGUUGGUGGCCGACGAAAACGUCCGAACAAAUGCCGUCAAACAUGCCCAAGCAUUCAUCCAAGUGUUCAUUCGCGUGUGCAACGAUCCGAUCUCCGAACCCUUCCACUGGAUGUACCCGGGGACAUACCAACCUUUGCAAGCCGUGUCGCUCCUCCUGGCCGACCUCCUGCAGCACCCGUACAGCGACGACGCGGCUCUCUCCCGGGGCCUGAUUGACGCCAUCUUUGAGCUGUACCAGGUGGACGAGGGCAUCGUCAGCCAGAGCGACCCGCCGCGGCGGCAGCUGAGCCCGUCCGGGCGCGACGCGUGGACCAUGCUGGUGCGGACGCGGCGAAAGGCCCUGGAGUUGGUCGGCAUGGAUUUCCACGUGCUCUUCCCGUCCAACGCCGUCCUGUCGAACAGGUGUAUCUGCGGCGAAAAGAUCUCGGCCGCCGACCAAGACGCCGCUGGCCACCACUACCAGCAAGCCAGGAACCCCACCCGUCCUGGCGAGGGACAGCAACCACCUCCGCAGGUGCCACAGGACAUGGCAGGCGACGUGGCCGAACAGACACCGGGGCAGAUGCUCUACGACCAAGUCGACUUCGACUGGCAUGCCUGGGACAAUGCGCUGGGGCCGUCGAUAGGGUUGAUGCCGUGA